AUGACUCCAUUCAAAUGGAGUCAUGAUUCAUGUUUUGGAAACUCCUCAAGUUCCGACUGCGCCGAGGGAAAUAGCAGAACGCAACGUUGGACAUUUAACAUUGAAAAACAAACAUGUGUGAAUAUCACUACCUGCUUAAAAAAUCAGUCUAUGUUUCCAACAGAGCUAGAGUGCCAGGCGGCAUGCAAAACACACACUCUGUGCUACCAGCCCCGAGCUGUCACUGGUUGCUAUCCACGGCCAUCAGAGAUGCCGCCUCGGACUUGGCACUUUGACAGUGAGACCGAAAGAUGCGUGCAAGACACAAACUGUGCCAACGUGAGAAACAAGUUUAAAACUAAACGGGAGUGUCGCAAAGCAUGCCCUUAUGGUGGAACUGGACAUCCGUGUAAUCUGAAAGAAGAUGACGGGCACGACUGUAAAAGAGCGAAACCUUCUUUGAGAUGGUAUUGGAAUAAACAAGAGAGCAGAUGUAUUAGGUUCACCUAUAAAGGCUGCAAGGGAAACAACAACAACUUUUAUUCCAAUACCUCAUGCGCAGCAAUCUGCAAGCGAGAUGUUUAUUAG